AUGAGCACUCCAAACCAAACGGAUGAUGUAGAGUACCAGUACAAAUUGAUCAACAGGUGGAUACAAAUGGAUAUUCGACGUAUCGAUGCUAAAAAAAGAGUCAAUGGUGACCUCAAAAUGGCGCGAGACAAGCUGGGACUCGUCCAAUUGUCGGUAUCCAGUAGUGCACCCAUGACAAGUUCUGCUAAUCUUCGAAUUCUAAGGGUUGUGCGUGACUGUGCUGCCAAAGCAUGGAAGGCUGUUCGAGAUCCAAAAGAUAAAAUCACGUCCUUAUCGAUUCUUGUCAUUACCAACUAUCAUUUGGCGGCGGCAGUGGAAUCCACUAAUCACUGCAAUUGGAAGGCUGGAAAACAAGAAACAUUCUCGUUGUUGUCCAAACAUUUGAGUGACCUCCCCGAGCUACACAAAGCUGCGAAAGAGGAAAUGGAACCUUCCUUUUUUAACAAAUUCAAAGACAAGGAGAAGCAAUGGAGGCUGUUAGAGCUCUACGCUCGACUCAUGAGCCACGUCAAUGCUCUGCGCCCUCAGUCCAUGUCAGAUGAUCUCCCCAAAUUCUACAAUGUGGAGAGUGCUGUACUGAAAUCGUGUCCACAGUUUCGGCAAAAGUCCUUGGACUUGCGUUUUGCUCACUUCGAACAACCGCUACUUCGUGGAAACUUGACAGGACAUGAUAACAAGAUACAAUGUUGCACAGUAUAUCAAAAUGGAAAGAGAGCCCUCACUGGGAGUUAUGACAACACACUCAAGGUGUGGAAUUUAUCCACAGGGAAAUUGCUCAGGACAUUGGCGGGACACACCGAAUGGGUUUCGUGCUGUGCUGUCUUGGGGGGCGACAGCAGCAAAAGAGCCCUCAGUGGAAGCCAUGACAGGUCCUUGAGGGUUUGGGAUCUUGUCACGGGAAAACAACUCAAGAAAUUCCAAGGGCACAAUACAGGGGUGCUUUGUUGUGCUUCCUUUCUUAACGGGAAAAGAGCCAUUAGUGGGGGUAGUGACAACCACUUGAGAUUGUGGAAUAUUGCCACUGGAAAGCAACUCAUGGUUUUGGAAGGGCACACGGGAUGGAUAAGGUGUUGUGCCGUCACUGAGGACAGCAAAAGAGCUCUCAGUGGAGCUGACGACAAAACAUUGAGGCUUUGGGAUCUCGCAUCUGGAGCACAGCUCAGGAAACUGGAAGGACACAAUGGUCCUUCUUGGUGCUGUGCAUUUUUUGAGGAUGGCACACGAGCCAUCAGUGGACACGAUUUCAAGGCGAUGAUGUGGGAUCUCGAAACCGGGUUAGAACAAAUGACAUUGACAGGACAACGAAACGUAGAGUGCUGCGCCUUGUUUCCAGAUGGCAAACGGGCAUUGACAGGCAGUUUGGACAAAACUCUCAUCGUGUGGGAUCUCACGGAAGGAGCGGAUAUCCUGACGAUCGACCAACACACGGAAGCUGUUCGGUGUUGCGCCAUCUUUCAUGACGGCAACAGAUUCAUCAGUGGCAGCGAUGACAAGACAUUGAAGAUGUGGGAUAUGCCCGACCGGGUGCUCCCCAACUUUUGGCUUGAUCGAAUGACUUCAUCAUUUGGAUCUGUGGGGACAAACUGGGACUAA